AUGAAUAUUAAUAGAUGUCCUGUUUGUGGUGAAGGUUCACGUUUUCUCUAUAGACUCAAUACUGUAAAUCAUGAUAACAUUAUUUUGACAUGUGAAGAAUGUAAUUCUACCUAUAUUGAUCCAAAUAGAAUGGAAAUUGGACAAGCUGUGAGUAAUAGAACAUUGUAUUCAGUAUAUGGUGGUACUGACGCAGAGUUAUUCAAUAGUAAACUCUCUGGAUGGGCAUCAAAAGUGGAAAUCUGUCAAAGUAAAUGGAAUGAACUUUUAGAUGUAAAUGAAUCAUUCAUUCAUUAUUCAAAGAAAUCAAAAAAUAAAAUAAAAUAA